CCAGGGGACGGGAGGAACUACAACUCCCAGCAGAUCGCGGGACAUAACGCGCAAGCCCAGGAAGUGCCGCUCGCCAGCUCCUACUGGUUCGCACACCUACUACACACACCUGCGGGUGCGGCCGCUCAUGCCUUGGGCACGCAGGAAGUAGAACUACAACUUCGGAGGCCCCCGCGGCAACGAGGUUAGAGAAACUACAUUUCCCAGAAGUCUCCGCUCCGCGGCUGCGGAGCCUGUGGAUUUCGGAAUAGCUGAUGCGGACGGGCCGCGUGAUCCGAGGGUAGACAUGGCGCUCUUGGGCAGAUCCCUGAGUCGCCCGUUGUGUCCCGUCAGUAGGGCUCUCCUGGAUGUCAGGUGGCUCCAGCCCCAGACCUUGCUGCGGCUGCCCGACGCCUGGGGGCUCCCCGCCACGCAGCCCAGCCGGGGCAAGGCACGCGGGAACGAGUACCAGCCGAGCAACAUCAAACGCAAGCACAAGCACGGCUGGAUCAAGCGCUUGAGCACACCGGCCGGCGUCCAGGUCAUUCUUCGCCGCAUGCUCAAGGGCCGAAAAUCGCUGAGCCAUUGAGCGCCUCGCUGCCUCUGAGACACUCCCCUCCCCCAUUAAAGCAUCUCCCUCGCUUCA